AAGAACAAAAUCAAGAAGAUCAUACAUAAUUCAUAAAAAUGAUGGAUUUCGAUAGAAAAUUGAAUAUGGUUACCUCUUCCGAUAAGCCGAUCAAGUCUCCAAGGCUAUCCAACAAAUUCAGCAUCUCAAUUCCAACGAUUGUUCGUCUUGGAGAGGUCUCCCCAGCGACGGAUUCCGCCUGUUCAGCCUACGAACACUAUCUCCGAUUGCCGGACCUUAAGAAGCUAUGGGAUUGCAAGGAAUUCCCAGAUUGGAAAAACGAGUCAAUCCUCAGACCAGCCUUACAAGCUCUCGAGAUCACCUUCCGCUUGGUUUCCACUGUUUUGUCCGAUCCCAGACCCUAUUCCAACCGGAGGGAAUGGAAACGGAAGCUCGAGUCAUUGGCGAUGAAUCAAGUUGAACUCAUAGCUAUGAUCUGUGAGGAUGAAGAGGAGUUCUCCGAUACACAAGGAAAACCCCCGACAAUCGGAUUGUUCUCAUCGGCCGGGGUUUUAUCUAGAGAAGACAGCUCGACGGAGGUCUGGAAACUCUCGUCCAAUACAACCGUGGUCAGCCGCGGCAGCGAAUCGAGUCUUCUUCCUCGACUGGCAACGUGGCGGACGGCGGAGGAUAUCGCGCAGAACAUUCUCUACUCCAUCGAGUGCGAGAUGAGGAGAUGUCCUUACACUUUAGGUCUCGGCGAACCGAACUUGAGCGGAAAACCUAACCUAGAUUACGAUCUGAUCUGCAAGCCGUACAAUCUUCAAUCCCUGAAGAAACCUCCGUCCGAUGAUUUCAAUCACGAGAAUCAAACGGUUUACACCACUCACCAGAUCCUCGAGUGCUGGAUCCGCGUAUCACAUGAGAUUCUCCACCGAGUCGUUGAUCGAAUCGAUUCGAACGAGUUUGAGAGAGCAGCAAACGACUGUUGGAUGAUCGAAAGAAUAUGGAAAGUUCUAGAACAGAUUGAAGACUUACACCUACUAAUGGAUCCAAACGAUUUCCUCCGCCUAAAAAGCCAGUUAACGGUUAAGUCAGACUCCUCCUCCUCCGCAGCAUUCUGUUUCCGAUCGAGAUCCUUGAUCGAUAUAACGAAGAAGUCGAAGAAUCUACGGCAUAAGUUGCCGGACAUCCUUGGCGUAGAGGUGGAUCCUCUAGGCGGACCGAGGAUACAGGAGGCGGCGAUGAAUCUGUACAGGAAGAAAACGAAGAAGACGGAGUUUGAGAAGAUCCAUCUGAUUCAGUCGAUGCAGGCAAUCGAAUCAGCGAUGAAAAGGUUCUACUACGCGUACAAACAAGUGUUGGUGAUCAUGGUUGGAAGCUUGGAGGCUCAGGGAAACCAGUCGUUCGUAUCGGAGGAUUCGUUGGCUCAUAUCUUCUUGGAGCCGACGUAUUUUCCGAGCCUCGACGCAGCCAAGACGUUUCUUGGAGAUUAUUGGGAACAGGGAAGAAGGAACAAGAAUUCAGUACAGAUAGAGACCGAGUCAACUCAUUCGUUUGAAUGAAAGAAAGAAAAAUAAAAAAUAUAUAUUAUGAUCGAAAUAUACUAGUACUUUUACUUGUUACCAAUAUAAAUUCAUUAUUUUUCUAUGAAAUUUUGAAAUCGCAAUC